AUGCCCAUCGCCCUCCAGCGCGGCAUCCCACCGCAACAGCACUAUGCACACGCAUAUCCUCCCGGCUAUGGCGGUCGCCCAGCAGUGGGCGCACCUAUGGUCAACGGACGACGUAACGGUGCUAUGAUGGGCAAGCUCAUGGUCGGAUCUCUUGCUGGUCUCAUGAUACUGGAAGGACUUGCAGAGCGCGAGCAGUCACAAGAAGAGCCAGCCGGACGCGGUCUAUUCGCCCUGCCCGUCAAUCUGGUCGGAAUUCUUGCCCCUCGCGUCUCCCUAGGUGUCUCCACAGCUCAGAUCCCUCUAGCCAAGCUGCUGUUGGUAUUUGCCGCCUUCUUCUACCUCGUUGCGCCACUGCUCGACUUCAAAUCGAAACCGAAGAGGAAGUCGCCGCCCGCAGUUCUGUUGACACCCGCGCCAUCACUGGCUUCACCGGUCGAAGUACGUCGAAAGGCAUGGCUCACUGCAAUCCAAACAGUCUGGGUACCUCAACACAACUUCAUCCUCGAGCUCGCUGCUCUGGGCCUCAAGACCCUCAAGCUCAGCAUGCGAAGGCUCAUUGGAUGGGAAGGAUACGCCUAUCUCACCGGUAUUACCAAGGAACAAGAAGCCGCUCGUGUCAAAGCUUGGGAGAUCGCAUUGGAUGCGCAGCUCACAGGCGGUGACGCUGAGAUCAGCACGAGCCGUCUGGUGCUUACUUUGAUUGCUUCCGGUACCUUGCCCGAUACGCCCGCGAGACUCAUGCUCAAGGCCCUGCAUAUCCGGAUUGUGCUUUGGGAGCUUGGGAACGCAGGUCAUGGCUCGUGGUGGAUGCUCAACGAGCUGAGUGCGAAACUGGCCCGAAGCUACUGGAACAUGGCACGGAGCGAGCACCGCAUCGCCACCAACAUGUCGAAGCAGAACAAUGAAGCUGUGCCAUUGCCAGAACAUCUGGCAGCACUUAUCGAGAGGGAAUGCGAUGAGGUACUUGUUCCUGCAGUUGUGCAGCGCGCAUACAACCUGGCUUGGAACAGGCCAAGCGCAGAACAGACAACCGUAGACACCUCCAUGGACGCUGUUGUCGAGGACUUUGCCAUCUGCUCUCCAUUGGAUGCGCUUGCGGCCUGGUACUCUAGCCUUGUUUUGAACAAGGGACUCGCAGCCACACUUGGUGCAAAGAACAGCUCAUCCAAGGACAAUAUCGUCUCGGAUCUAGCACUCGCUCUCCGCGCUGCCCCGCCGAACUCACAAGCUCAGCUCCGUGCGCUAGUUGCUCAAGCUGUUGUACUCGACGAAGACCGAAACACUCGCAUCGCAGCAGCACUCGAAGCCCUUCCAUCGUCACCUAAGCCUGCUGAUGCCGGCUUCAUCAACGUUGUCGGUAACGGCUUCGUUGCAGUCGACGUGCGGAAGGGCCUCACUUUGGCCAAAUGCCUCUCGCUGGCCGCUUCUUCGAAUCCCGAAGCCCGCCGCCGCGCCAUCUUCGUCAUCAACAACACCUACCUCCCCGAAUGCACAACCACACUGCUCAGCUUCGUUGCUGCUCACAAGGUUCUUACGCAGUUCAUGGCAGACGACACGCUGAAGAAGGAAACUAGCUGUGGUCUAGAGAGGACUGCAAGUUCCCUUCGCAUGUGGAUCGGUCACGAAACAGGCAGGAGAAGUGGCCUGACCAACAAGGUUCGGAGCAAGAUCAUAAGCAGUUGUCUCGACGCUAGCAAGAUGCUAGUUGGACUGGCCGAGAGCAAGAAGAAGGAUGACGCGGACGUGGAUGAUGGGUAUGCUAGUGCGAGUGUCAAGGAUGACUGA